AUGGCGGUGAAAAUUCUUCAUGCUCCUGAAUCCAUCGAUGAAAUUAAUUUGGGCGAACAAAUUAUGAAUUAUUACUGUAAAACUGUUCCUCUUGUACAUGGUCCAUCGGUGGAAAUCUUCUCACUUCAUGCUCAUAUUCACCUUGCACAGCAAGUGAGACGUCACGGUGGACUUGGACAUACCUCUGCUUUUGCCUUCGAGUCUUGUAUUCGUUUUAUUGAGAGAAAAGCUCAUGGUAGCAAACAUCUUGGAGCACAGAUUUCAUACUGGAUUGAUCUUCAAACAAUGAUGCAAAAUGAACCUGUCAAGGCUCCAACACUGACAAUUAAUAAUGAAAUCAAAUGGUUGGAUGGUCGUCUCGGUCCGUGUCAGGCUGUAUUAAUUGAACAGAUGGCAAUUAAUUCAUUAGAAUUUCCCUCAUGUAGUUUUUACUUACGCCUCAAAGCCUUCUUCGUAACAUAUCAUACAAUUAUUUAUGACCAACCCUUCAAAUGUCAAAGUUAUAUUGUUUCAUUUUUUGAUUCUGCUCGCAACUUCGUACACUAUGUCAUGUGUACAGAAAAUACAUAUUCUAAACAUUACUUAAAUCGCCGAACAAAUGUUGAAGCUGAAGUUUACAAACUUGUUUUAUUUCCAUCCGACAAUUCAAUUGCAGUUGUUAAAGCAAAACAAUGUUCUCCAGCGGAGCAUGAUGGUUUUUAUUUUGUACAAAGUGGAAGAAAGAAAUUCAUGGGAGUCAUACUUGAAGAAGAACAAAAUUCUAAUAUUCAACGACAUACAGCAUCUACGAUAACAGUAUCUCCUAAAUAUUCAGUAGAUCAUGCUAAUACUGUUCAACCAUCAAUUGUGAACAAUAAUGAUGAUUUUCCAGCUGUACUGCCGUCGACAACAACAUUAGGUGAAUAUUCUACAUCAACAUCUCACAUUGUACACAAAUCGAACCAAAAACAUGAUAAGCGUUUCAAGCACAAACGACGUAAACAAUCUCAACAUGGAACAUCAGUCAUGUUAUUUGAACCAUUUGACAAUACAGACAGCGAGUCCAACGACAAUGAAGACGAAUCAUCUGCUAAUAGUCG